AUGGCUUCUGCGCGCAAACGCCCGAGACCGGAGAUCGACGAGUCGUCUCGUGCCGAAUGCCCCUUCACUGUCCGGCUCGUCGACCCGAAAGAGAAGGACGCCAAGGGCAAGAAGCGCAGAAAGCGCGAGUCGACCGACGAGGGCGAUGGAGCCAAGAAGAUCCUGAACCAGCUCUCGCCGUUCGCGCCCAGUGGUCGCUUUCGCACCUAUGAUACACUGGACGUGCACUAUGCUGUCGACCCUCCCAAGAGAUGGUCGGAGAUGACUCGAUACAAUAGCUUUGUCCUCAAUGGCGUCAAGUACCACAGUGAAGGCUUUAUUUAUAUUGCGAAUGAGUCCACGAUAGAGCGGCAGAAGGACGCAACCAGAGAUCCCAUGCAACCAAGGAAGAAGUCUGAUGAUGAAUGGGUUGCGCGCAUUCUCGAGAUCCGAGCUAGUGACGAGCACCACGUCUAUGCCCGAGUUUACUGGAUGUACUGGCCGGACGAGCUUCCCCCAGGUACUUACGACGGCAAGAAGGCGGUCCAGGGUCGCCAGUCGUACCACGGCAAUGCCGAGCUGAUCGCUUCGAAUCACAUGGAUAUCAUCAAUGUUGUCAGCGUAACCUCGCAGGCGCAGGUCAAUCAGAUGAUCGAAGAUAACGACGACGACAUUCAGAAUGCCCUGUACUGGAGGCAAGCAUUAGACACCGUUGAGGCUGUUUGCAAGUGCGGGCAACCCGCCAACCCCGACAAGACUCUGAUCGGAUGCACUGCCGAGGGAUGCACCAAGUGGCUACACGACGAGUGUCUCAGACAUGAGCAUUUGAUGAAGACUUUUGAGCGGUUGGGCAGAGACAAGCCGCACAAGAAGGCUGCUGAUCUCGUCAAAGAGGAGAAGAACGGAGACGAGCCUAAGCGGCCCCUGAGCCCCACGGAGAGCGGCGCUGCCAUGUCGGCAGAGCAGUCCAUUGACGUCAAGGCCGAUGUGGAUGGCGAGGGUGUCAAGGUAAACGACAACGUCGAGGUGAAGCGAUUGGAGGAUGAAGCUGCCGAGAGCAACCGAGGAGAGUCUGAGCGCAAGAGCGAGAGCGCACCGGCGGCGCCAAGCUCGGCACGCAAGCCCGGCCGUCCGAGAAAGAAGAACGAGUCGCUGGGUCCCGAUGCCAAGAACAAGCCAUACGAGGGACUCUUCGAGGCCGCCCCGAGAAUGGACCUCACGCCUCCCCAGAUGGAGAUCACGGAUCUGCGCGACGGGAUCGAGGGCGGAGAGAAGUCGUGGCUUGAGCCGAUCCACUGCCUCGUCUGCGGUGCGCAAGUUCACUAG